AUAUUCUACUGGGUUUAACAUUUGUUUGUCUCAUCGCUUCCUAUAUAUACACUGCCCUACAGCGCAUUCCUUUGUCCAUCAUCAAUCACUAACUACGAACACACAAUUACACGUAUUUUCUGUGAGUCCAGUUGUCUACAACAAUUAACUAAUGGCUGCCAAGCGAAUGCUUUUUCCCCUACUUCUACCCCUUUGCUCCUUCUUCUUCUUCCUCCUUUCCCAUCCAUGCAAUGCCCACCACCUCAAGAUUUGUCACUUCGACCAGAUUUAUCAGCUUGGAGAUUCCAUCUCUGACACUGGUAACUUGAUUCGUGAGCCCAUCGGGGCUGCCACUCCCUUUGCCAAACUUCCAUAUGGUGAAACUUUCUUCAAUAGCGCAACGGGUCGUUGCUCCAACGGUCGCCUGAUGAUUGAUUAUAUCACCGAGGCGGCUGGACUCCCACUUCUCAACCCCUACAAGAAUGAUGAAGCUGACUUCAGACAUGGGGUGAACUUUGCUGUUGCUGGAUCUACUGCAUUACCAGUAGAGAAUUUGGCUAGCAAAAAGAUUGUGUCUCCAGUAACUACAAGCUCUCUUAACGUGCAACUUAAUUGGAUGUUUUCCCAUUUUAAUUCUACUUGCCACACAGAAAGAGAUUGUUUGGAGAAACUUAAAGACUCCCUAUUCAUGGUUGGAGAGAUAGGAGGGAACGAUUACAACUAUGCUUUGCUUCAAGGCAAGAGUAUUGAGCAAGUAACGACUGAUUUGGUGCCUGAGGUUGUCCAAGAAAUAGCCAGAGCCGUAAGAGGAGUCAUAAGCUAUGGAGCUGUUAGAGUUGUUGUCCCCGGUAACUUUCCAAUAGGUUGCCUUCCAAUUUACCUAACUGCAUUUGAGACCAACGCGACUGCAGCCUACGAUGGAAAUCACUGUCUCAAGCAACUAAACAGUUUUGCAAGCUAUCACAAUAAUCUUCUACGGGAAACCAUCAAAGAGCUGAAGAAAGAAUUCCCCAAUGUGGUUAUUGUGUAUGGUGACUACUACCACACAUACAAGUGGCUUCUCAAGAAUGUUGUUGCACUUGGAUUCGAUCCAAUGUCAACACAGAAGUCUUGUUGUGGAACUGGAGGAAACUAUAAUUUCAAUCUCAAUAAAAUGUGUGGACAAGAUGUUUCAGUUUGCUCAAAUCCAAAUCAGUAUAUCAGCUGGGAUGGGAUUCACUCUACACAACAGGCAUAUCGGAUCAUGGCUGAAAGGCUUCUCCAAAAGAUCUUCCCGCAGCUUCAUUGUAGGAUUUAGUUGUUUUGUCUUUAGAUUGAGUUCUUUUUCUUUUCAAAGUAGAUUUAAGUUCUUUUUCAUUGUAGUGUUUAGUUGGUCAUGUCUUAGAUUAAGUUCUGUUUCAUUGUAGUGCUUUAGUUUGGUCUUCUCUUAGAUUAAGUUCAAUAAUGUGGUUAGGAUAUAGUUCGAGAAUUUGACUGUAAAAUGUUGUUGAAGAAUUUGAAUUAUCUGGAAUAUCAAGAAUAAAAAGAUGAGGA